AUGGUUACUAGUAUUGUUACUUUGAUAAGUUGUCUAUUAGCAGGCGCUGUUCUAUCGGAGGAUGCUACUGCCCAAACCGAUGUUGCUGCUGCAGUCAAAUUCGUAAUCAAUACGCUUGAGGAUGACCAGUUCGAUGCUGUCACGACAAAGGAAGUCGAUAGACAAAAGCGAUCAGCUGUACAUGGAGGUUCUGGUGGAGUGUUAGGACGAUUUGGAGCUGGGCAACGUCAAAAUCCUUAUGAUAGUGGUGCUUAUUCUUCAGGCUGUGGAUCUACACCAUCUGCUGGAGUUGUUUUUAUGAGAUGUUUCACACCAGGUCCCGGGUCUUUUCAGGGACCAGCUUAUGAAAGAAAUUAUUACCGACAGGGUAAUUAUGGGGACUGUUUGAACUAUUUCAAUUCUUUACCUUUAAGAAAUGUCGCUCCUAUUGGGGACGGGUAUACUGGUACUCUUAAUGGACCUGAUAAUCGAGCUUAUCAAGUUGACGCGUGUCAAAGGUGUUUUGGUGGGAAUUCUGGCAUUUCUGUACGAGGUACCGAUAGACCUUACAAUCAUCUCAAGAGAAACUUUAUCUUCAGAGUCAACUUAGGGGUACAAAGAGCUUAUGAUGGUUAUAACGGAUACGGACGAGAAAAUGCUGGUCUCUAUGGUUACAAUGGAGCGCCUGUUUCUAGUUAUGGAAAUCCUUGCGUUGGUAGCGGAUGUGGUAGUGGUAGUCGUGACAGAAUCGGAAAUGGAGAAAGAUUCAAUAACCCUUGUUUUGGAGACGGAUGUGGUGGCUAUUCUGGUGGAAUAGCAGAUGGCCGAGGUGGUUUUGCUGGACCUUGCGUAGGCAAUGGUUGCGGUGGUUCAAACGGUGUGAUUUAUCCUGCGUUGUCUGCAAGUCUUAAUCCUGGACUUGGUCAGCACGGAGAUGGCUGUGUUGGUGCAGGAUGCGGUGUUAUUAACCGUGGACUGGGUGGACGAAUUAGCAGCUCUGGAUGUACAGGAACCAGAUGCCAUGAAUUGGGAAGAAUCGUCGGAUCUGCCAUUGGCAGUGCACAACGUGGAUUUGUAGAUGAUAAUGGUUGCACCUCUUCAGGUGUUUGUUAA